AUGUACACACGCAAGGAUAAGGUAGUUUAAGUGUAUGUGAUUGAUAAUCCAAUAGAUUAAGACAGAUGCUAAGUAUUUGAUACCGACCAAAGCUACUCUCUUUGGAUUAGAUGGAAACGAAAUGCAUACAAAAAUAAAUCAAGGGGUAAACGCUCAAUGAACAGAAGCACGAAUGAAAUCGAUGAUCAGUUUCAAGAAUAAAACUAUUCUUUGAAUAGGCAUCAAUUACCAGUUCCAAAAUAACUCUUGUCUAUUGAAAAGAUCAGAAGAUAGGAGAAUGCUAAUAAAUAAUAGGAUGGGGAAAGUGUAAUUCCAAGUGUACUAACAUUGAAAAAUGACGGCUUAAGAAGUUUAAAGUAAUCAUUGCAGAGAAAGCAGACCACAGGGCAUAACUUAGAAGAGCUGAGAAUUAGGAUGUAUGCUACUUAGAGUGGGUUUAAUAAGACAGCCAAUAUUAAUGCUGGAACGAUGAGCAUUAACGAUAAUAUUUUCAAUAACGGAAAUGGCAAUGCAAAUAAUAGCAUGCUAAUUAAUAAGCAGAGUAGCUAAGUAUCAAGAAAUAAUGCAACACUGCCUUUAAAUACCUCAUCUUUUGGAGUAUCAAAAGAUAUAAACUUAAAUCAGACUUCUUCAUUGGCUAUCCCAAGUAUUAAGCAACAUUAAGCAGCUAGUGCUAUGGAUUAUGAGCCUCAAUCAAAGAUUAAAUAUGGCACAUGCUAUGAUAACUUAAUUGAAGAAAGAUUGAAUUAGAAUGUUGGCAAGAAUUUAUCAUUUAUUAAGCCUGAGAGAAAUAGAUCAAAGAAGGAGUUGACAGAAGAAGAAAAACUGAUUAAGCAUCAGAAAAGAUUGUUAAGGUCUCCAAGAGAUGCACUUAUUGAUAACACUAAGAUUUAGCUCACUAAGAUGAAUACUAAGCUUAAGCAAUAAGAACUUGCAGAGAAAAUGCUAGAAAGACAGAAGUAAUACAAUAUAUCAAAUGAUAACAAUGCUAAUCAAGUAGAAGAAUAAUUAGGAUAUUAGCCUUAAGUCAUUAAACGAGCUAAGCUUUUCAAUGAUGAGGAUUACCUAACUAAUCUUGAAAUGAUAGAAAAGCAAGCUAGAGAGCUAGAAGAAGAGCUUGAAUUAGAAGAAAAAGAAAAAAAGUUCAAAUAAAAGAUUAAAAGAUAAAUAUAGAGAGAUCAAGGAGGAGUUGGAGGAUAAAUGUCUAAAUUCUAUAUGACUUAAAAAGGAAAUAACUAGAAUGCCCCUAAUCCAUCUCAUUCUCCAAUUUUAGUGAAGAGAAACAUGGUUAUUUAGAAGGUUAAAUCACAACAUAGGAGUCUUCAUGUGACUUAAAAUAUAAUCAAGAAAACAGCACUACCCUCAUAACUUACUCAAAUUGAAAAAUUGAAACUUAAAGAAUUAGUAGCAGUAGAAGUAUAAAAGUAUAAGGAAAUGGCUGAGAAGAUGUUUAGUGAAAAAAAGAAUUGGUCUAUAAUGAUUUCAGAUGACAUGAAUUUAGAAAGAAAUGAUGUAAUGAAAGGAGUUAAGUUUGAGCAAUUGAAAAAGAGAUUUAUGCAUGACUUCAUUAGAAAAACAAAGGAAUAAAUAAUCAAAGAUAGAUAUCCUAAUAGCUAAGACUUUAAUCAGUAGCAUUAAAAUGUCAUAUUCUCUGAAACUCUCAAAAAUCUAGCAAAUAAAAAGAUAGGAGAAAAAUAGGUUGGAUUAUCUGCUUAAAAAUAAAAUAUUAAUCAACCCUCAAAUUAUCCCUCACAGAUAAACUUAAACAUUAGCCUCAAGAAUAAACCACAACUAGAGGUUCCCAAGAAUACUUAAAGUAAAGACAACAGAGAUAACAGUUUGGUAUCAAUGAGUUAACUUCAUGCCAUCUAGGAGACUCCUUCUCAUGGCAGAGGAUCGAAUGAGCAUGAGUAGGUGGAAUAUGACAAAUUCAAGAAUGACUUUAUUGAUUAUAUGAAAGGUAUCGUUACUAAGGGAGGAACUUCUACCUUAGCAUAGAUGGGAAUAGGGUAUGGUGGUACUCAGGCUAAUCUUAAAUACAAGCGUAAAAAGCUUAGAAUGGAUGAAACUGUUGAGUAAAUAGGUCAAAACAUUAGAAACUCCAUCAUUUAGAGUAGAGCUCAGCAUGAAAGAGUUGGUGUGAUUGAAUUGUAAAGUUUAAAAUAAAACUAUAGAGGACUUUAACACUAAAAAACAGGCAAUCAAAAAGAAGUCACUGCCAAUUGA